AAUCUUGCAGGUAGUACUGUUCAGUGACCAGUGACAGAGGAAGCGUCCCAACGCUCGGACCUGGUGCAUAGUCCCUGUUGAAUUGCGCAGGAUUUGAAAUGAUGCCGUGGAUCGUCCGUAUGGGAGGACAAUCACCUUCUUUAAUGCGUUCGACGGAUUUGAUUCAGCUAAAAUUUCAGUAGUGAACGGGAUCUGCAGACAGAAACUUCGUUGGAAAAAAUGUGCGAUGAGACGGUGGAAUUCUCGUAUCUCGCAUCCAUGUUGGAUGCUGUGGUUCGGGCGAAGAAGGGUCCACUGAAACGGAAGCAUGUGCGCACCUUUCUCGAUCAUGUGUACACAGACCACGAGUUUUUCAGUGCGAUGCGACUGAUGCUGCCCAAUUUGGAUAAAGAGCGCGGCAAUUAUGGUUUGAAAGAGGCCGUGCUAGCCAAGAGUCUAGCAGAGGCGUUGUGCUUGUCUAAAGAUUCCGAGGACGCUCAGAAGCUUUUGAAUUGGAGGAAAGGAGGUACUCGUGCUGGCAGCAAUGCAGGGAAUUUUUCGUUUGUUGCCACGGAGAUUCUUUGUCGUCGACAACGAGUUACAUCUACUGGAAUCAAAAUAAAAGAAGUCAACGAUCUCCUAGAUCGGUUGGCAGCAGCAGAUCGAAGAGAGGAGAAGGUUGCAGUUCUCGGAGAAAUGAUCAACAAGACAAAUGCUCAAGAGAUGCGUUGGAUCAUCAUGAUCAUUCUGAAAGACUUGAAGCUUGGAAUUAGUGAGAAGACUUUCUUCAGUGAGUUUCAUCCCGAUGCCGAAGAUCUUUUCAAUGUCACUUGUGACUUAAAGCUGGUGUGUGACAAACUGCGCAAUCGUAAUGAGCGAUAUGACAGACAGGAUAUAGAGGUGGGCAAAGCUGUGAGACCACAACUUGCAGCUAGGGUUGCAAACGUAGAAGAAGCGUGGAAGAAGUUUCGCGGUAAGCAGGUUAUAGUGGAGUGCAAGUUUGAUGGUGAUCGUAUUCAAAUCCACAAAAAUGGCUCCAGCGUUAACUUCUUUUCCAGGAAUUUCAUUGAUCAUCAAGAAUUCAAAGAAGGUGUGGCUAACCUGAUAAUUCAGAAUGUUCUCCCUGACAAAUGCAUACUGGAUGGAGAAAUGUUGGUUUGGGAUCGAUCUACCAAGCGAUUUGCAGAUUUUGGGACAAAUCGCGAGGCAGCCAAAGCAGCGAAAGACGGUCUAGAUACGAGCCAGCAGUUAUGCUAUGUGGCAUUUGAUGUCUUAUAUCAUGGCAAUAGCAGUGUGAUUCAUCUCCCAUUAAGAGAACGGCAACAGCUUUUAGAGAAGUCUAUAAAACCUCUCCAAGGUCGUUUGGAGUUGCUUCUACCCAGCGCGAGUGCACAGCCAAGCACAGGAGAAUCCAAGUGGUCUUUUAUAGCAAGUCGAGCAGAAGACGUGGAACAGUUCUUUCAACAAACUGUGGAAAACAGAGAAGAGGGAAUCAUUUUAAAGGAUCUGGACUCGAAGUGGGAGCCUACAGAUCGUAGUGGAAAAUGGCUCAAGCUUAAACCUGAUUAUGUCCAAACUGGUUCCGAUCUUGACGUUUUGAUCAUCGGUGGUUACUAUGGGUCUGGACGACGGGGAGGUCAGGUAGCACAGUUCCUGCUUGGACUUGCCGAACCCCCAAAGCCCGGUCAGUAUCCAACCAGGUUUUUUUCCUUCUGCAAAGUGGGAACGGGGCUCACAGAUGAAGAGAGUGACCAUCUUGUUCAGAGGCUGAAACCUUACUUCAGGCGCAAUGAGAAAAAUAGCAAGACUCCAAGCUGUUACAUAGUCACAAACAAUGCUAAGGAGCGGCCUGACGUCUGGAUCGACCAACCGGACAAGUCUGUUAUCAUGGAAAUUACGAGUGAUAUCCGUACAAUCAAAACCGAGGUUUUUGCUGCUCCAUAUGGUUUGCGAUUCCCUCGUGUGAACAGAGUACGAUAUGAAAAGCCUUGGUAUGAUUGUCUUGACGUGCAGGCUCUGGUGGAUAUGGUCAACUCUCGCAGCGGAAGUACAGUGGAUGCAAAGCAAUCCGAAGGAAAAGAAAAUAAAGUAAAACAAAGCAAACGGCAAAAAAAGACAGAAGUUCGGUUCAUGUCAUUAGUGCCAUCCCAUAUGCGCGUGACGGACGUAUCUCAUGUAAAACGUGCAACAAAGAUAUUUGACGGACUCGUCUUCUAUUUUGCGAAUUUCUCAGAGGACUAUGCGAAGGAAAGUCUCCACAAGUUGGUUGUGGAAAAUGGGGGUUCGUUUUCCAUGAAUUUGAAUAAUGAGGUUACACAUGCCCUCGCAUGUGAAAAGAAAGGAAUUAAGUACAUGGCAGCUGCAACCCACGGAGAUGUUAUACACUAUUCAUGGGUUAUGGAUUGCUGCACCGCCAAGGAUCUGCUGCCAGUCAGACCCAAGUACUUUCUUCACCUUUCAGCACAAACAAAGAACAAGAUGAAAGCUGAAAUCGACGACUACGGCGAUUACUAUUUUUUGGACAAUGAUACAAAUGAUCUGAAACAGCUUUUUGAAAAUAUGGAACCUUCAAAAUUGGCAACCGACAAGGAGGAGCUUGCACAUUACAAGAAAAAGUACUGUCCGAGUUCGACGUUUUGUCAGUUUAGCAAUUGCAGUUUCUAUUUUCACAAGCCCAUCCACUCCAGAAAUGUCGAUUCGCAAUUGGUCGCAGAGACAGCUCUAAUGAGGCAAAGAUUGGAAGUUAGCAUGCACGCAGGAAAGGUCAUUGAGACAUUAACGAGUGAUGUGACGCAUAUGAUCAUAUACACGUCUCCCAACGAUUCGCUUCCUUUCAGCACCAUAUUCAAAAGCAUUCCUUUUAGUGCCAGGAGGUUGCUGAUGUCACACAAGCUCAAAAUUAUGAGUCAUCAGUGGAUUGAUGAUCACGAGCUGGGCACAUGUGGACAUCCUCCAGAGGCCACAUACAAUCUCAGGGAUGCGUCAUUCCAGUACAACGAGCAUGAGAUGGAAGUCAUUCAACCCAUGCAGCUGAGCGGGAAUGAAGUCAAUGGACGUGCAACGAGAGAGGAUGUAAAAGAAGCCGAGGCGAUGGAGGUUGGUCUGGGUACAUUGGCAGACCAGGUGGUCCGUCGGAAUAGAUUGGUGACACUUCAAAAAGCUCCAAGAUCAUCAAAGAGGAGAAGUUCAAGUCAGUUGGCUAACGAGAAGAAAGCCACAGAAGACAAAGAACAAGACAGAGCAGCAAAACGCAUGUGUAGUAAAAGCGAGCAAGUUAGAGAAGAGCUCUUGAGUAGUGGUUCUGAUGCAGCUGAACUCGUCGCGGAAAGACAAGAGGCAGCCGACAGGAACGGGACUAGCAUCUUGGAAGAUCAUUUAAGAAUUCGGCCAGGUACAUCAAGAUCAAUUGAAGAAGAUAGCGUUGAUGAGAAAGCUGUUAAUGAUGUACUUGAGGAUUUGAUUCCUACAUUAAAAUUCAGCCAGCAACAGCCGCCGUCGCAAAUAUGCAGCGCUCAAGUAACACUAGCUACUGCUGACCCUAGGCUCGUCAUUAAUCCACCACCAGAGUCGCCUUCAGAAUACUCAAAACUUACUCUCAAAGCUCUUGCCGAUCCCAUUUCGAGUAUGCCAGAUCCUGCCACCGAGCAUAUUCUGCCCAAACCAACUACUAAGAAAAAGGUCAGCUACAAAAAUAUAGUAAGCAAUCUGUUAAAUAAUCCUCCUUGAAGUAGUCAUUUUAGAAAAGACAUUCUAGGGAUUUCUUUCAGAGCUCAAGAUCUGUUCACAUGUAUAUCGAGUUUUAUAAGGGUGGCUCCCGUGAAAAUUUCAAUGCUCUCAGUAACGGUAAGAUCAUCUGUAUUUCUCUUAAAAAAUUCGUAUCAGUACAAAGUUAAGGUGGCUGAGAGAGGUAAUUCACAUCGUCUGAACUCUCCGUUUCCUGCACCAUUUU